CCACUUGCCAUGGUCCCAACACGGAGCUGCAGUCAUUUAAAUCCCAAAAUAAAGUAACUUCCACGGUUUAAAUGGACAAAAUGGAGCCUCAUACGCAAGAAGAAAGUGACAGGAUUGAGCCAGAGAUUCAGGACGAAAGGACAGAAGCGACCAACAUUGACGACGGAGAGGUUGAGGAACUCCACAACAGUUUAAAGGAAGUAGUCCAAGAUCCAGCUGUAAAGCCCAAAUUCCAGUGCCUGAUGGUGGACCCGUCAUUCUCCAUGGUGACAGUACAGAGCGAGGACAGUGGGAUUGUGUGGGAGACUGCGUCAAGCAGGUGCUCAACACCGUGGGCGUCAGAGGCCAGCUCUCCAUCAGAUUCAUACAGCCUGGAGGGUUCGGGGACACAAGGGAAUAUAGUUAUCAUUAUGGACGAAGAAAAGGUGAAGAGAAAGAAAAAAACAAGCAGCAGAGGGAAGUUUGGUGACAGGUUUCGCAGGCCAGGCUCCAGAUUGUCAGGCCCUGCAAUAGGAGAGGAGAGACCUGCAAUGAUUGAAGUCUCUGUGCCAAAUAUCAGAUGUGAGGAUUCAGAGGAUGGUCAACCAGCAGAGGAAAAACCAAACAAGGAUCAAGAGCUAUUUAACCUCAUUUCUGAGGGUUUUGAAAUCCUCAAUAUUGUAGUACCAUCUAAACUUCCUACAGUAGAUGAGGAAUGCAGUACAGAAUUAACAGACAAUCUGUCCUACUUGGAGGCCACACCGAAGAUCAAAGCAAAAUGUAAAUACGAAAGCCAAGCUCCUACUGCCAUUCCUAAGGUCACAGACGUAGACAUUCAGGAAAUCAAAGAUGAUAGUCAGGAAGGCUUAUCUCAGACCCCUGCUAAUGAGCAGUUAAAGAAAGAUGAAACUGAUAUGGACUACUUAGAGAAAUUUACACUGCAAGAUCAGCAUGCACCAGAUGAUGAGUCUGAGAAGCCUGAGCCAACACAAGAUAUCCAGGAACCUCAGGUGCCUGAAGAACAAAAAGUGGAGGACACAGUUGAUGAGAAUUCCUUUGUCAUUGUCAGUGAGGUCGAAAUUGCAGAGGAUCAUGUCGAUGAAGUGUUUUAUGGAGCAAGUUGCAAUGCAGAACCUCAACUUCCAUCACACCGUAAAGAAGACGAAGAACAUGCAAGUGGAAGCUUUAAAACGCUCAAAGAGUGUGGUUCAACUUUAUUUGGCAGCCAGGAGACUAUCCUUACUCCAAUUUUCCUUCCCCCUGGCCCACCCAAGAUCAUAGAUCAAGAUCUCCUCGACGAGCCGAGAGCAAUGUCAUUCCAUUACUUAGACCUUUACGAAGAUGCUGUUGGAGACAGAAAAAAGGAUGAUGACGCCUCAGAUAUCGAAAGUGUUGUUUCAGAAAAGUCAUUUAAAAGACGUUUUUCCGAUUCAGAUGAUGGAGAUGGCUACCUGGAGAAAUUCAUAUUGAAAGAUGACACUUCAGUGGUUGAAGAUGUACAAGAAGUCGAUACUCCGUCGAGUGACAGAGUGAUAUGGCCACAAAAUAAAUUUGAAAUGACUGGAUGUUUAAUUCGUGUUAAGCAAGAUGAUGCUCCCAAAGAAGAGGAUGCUGGUGUCAGUCAAGCGGAGUUAGAGAGCAAACAUGUUAUAAAAGAUGAACGUCAGCCUUCAUAUUCUUCGAAGGACUGUGAAGAUUGUGCCGGACUGAAAACUAGCUGUAUGACAGUUAAAAGUGUUUCAGAGACGUUCCAGGGAUGCGACGAUUUUGAUAUGAAAACUGGUUGUGCGAUCCAAAAAGGUGUCUCAUCUGAUAAACUUCCUUUUAAAGCAGCAAAUCAGGAAUCGGGUAAAUCUAUAUUGAUAGAAGAUGGGAAACAAAUCGAAGUUCAGGAAUUAAAAGACAUGGACAAACAGAUUUCUGGAGGUUUAGUGGAAGAAAAAAUGACUGGAUUGAAUGAUAAACUCAAGAUUCUGCCACAGCAGCCAACCCAAAACGAUGACGAUGAGGUGACUGAACUUCAAGAAACCGUUAUUAUUACCAAGGAAGAAGCAUUAGAUAAGGGGCAGCAAGUUACAGAUACAACACAAGAAAUAGGUAAACCUAAUUUAGUAAAUGAUAUAGAUGUAAAAGCAACAUCAGCAACAACCACAGCUGAAGAAAUAAGACCUCUAUAUCAAGAAGAAGUAAUCAGUCAAAUAAAGUGCUGUGAACCAUGUAAAGACAUGACCAAGCGCUCGGGUGAAAAAAUGACCAUUGUUGAACCUGAAAAUCAAGUGAAAAUUAGUAAAGCAGUACUGGAAAGCAAAUCUGAAGUUCUCGAAAGUAGGGAGAUACCUGCUGUAGUAGUGGAAGACCUGAGAGAUAGUGCAGUCCGGUCCAUUUUUCCUGAAAGUGGGGAGCAGGAACAAGUCACUGACGCAGCUAUGGUACCAGACGUGGAAGGCCAUGUUACGAGUGAAGCUGUAGACAGUGAUCUUAAAACUAUCAGUGAUCAGAAAGUUUUGGAGGAAUUACCAGUAAGGGAAGCAGAUACAACUGAAGAGAGAGUUGAAGAAAUCAAAGUCAAGGCCAUAGAAAAGACAAAAGAACAAACUGAGAAAGACACAGUGCCAGUGUUUGAUCGAAAGACUUCAGCUACGGACAGCGUAACAACAGAGAAAAGAGAAACAAUAGAUUCGGCCUCAGCUGUGGAAAGUUCAAGUAACGUCGCUAAGAGUGUCUUUAUACCUGAGAAGAAAGAGGGUGUGUUAAGGGAAAUCAAGAAAUACUCAAAGAUACCAACAGGUUAUGAUCAAAUCCUAGAGAUCUCAGGCGAAACCAAAGAGGCUGAAAGUGACCUUGUAACAAUGACACAAGAAAUUCCUGUAGCAUGUCCUUCUGCUCCAGAAAUCACAGAAAGUGAUCUGGCAGCAGCAGCGCUUAAUGAGGAAGUAGGCAGGGAAGAAAACCGAGAGCUGCCAGAUGCUCAUGUUUUAAAUGACUCACAUGCUGAGAUUGCGAUGAUUUCACUUAUUCCAGCUACAAAAACAGAUGACUCAUCUAAAGUUACUGUGCCAUCACCUGUAACAAAGGAAGAGAGCAGUGAGAUAAGGGAUGUAGCAAUAGACAGAAGUAACUUAGAGACCACAGGUGAAGCUCUUCAACUUGUAGAUGGUGUCUCUAAAGUAUCGGUACAAGAGUUAGAGGGAAGAAAUGAAAGUAAAUCGAAAAAAAUACUUCUAAAGGAUACACACAAAGAAGAGUUAUGGAGAACUCUGGAGCCUGCAAGUCCUUCCCCUCCAGUGGAGAUACAGGACUCAACAAUGAGGGUUUCACCUUUAGAAGAAGUAGGAUACAUGAAAGAAAAUGAUAACUUUGCCAUGGAUCAGAAGAUAAAGAGGGACAAAGGAACUUUACGGAGUUUCAGCCCACUGGAAGACCUCUCUGGGUUCGGACGUGAUUCGGCAGAGCUUGAUUUGCAAAAGGAACUAUAUGAGGAGCUAGAUUAUGAGAUGGUCACCAAGCAAGAUGCAAGAGAGUCAGAGACUGAAGUAACUGUAGGUAAAGAAGAAUAUCAGGAACGCGGCCAGGAUCAAUCUCCAGCGCCGGCAAUUGUGGCAGACUAUGAGUUUAUUGAGGACUUGGAUGGCGGCCAAAUAUCACAGCUCAGGCUACUGAAAGAAAAAGGAGAAAUUCAGCCAAUGGAUGCAUUCUGCCUUGUCUGCCGUUGCCCAAUAUUAAUGAGUGAUGGCGGCCAUGAAAAUCAUGAGGUGUCAACAUUGGAAAAAGCAUUUGAAGACAUUAAGAAUCAGUUGAGUAACUGGAUAUCGGUUUUACAAGAAAGAUCAGAAAAUAUUGAAGAUAUGGUAUCUGAACUUGAGCUGGCGUACAACACUGUGGAGGAGCAAUGCAAGGACAGUGAGAAAGCCCUGGACGAGCAGAAUGAAAAGAUGAUGACGCUGGUGAUGGAGCGAUAUAAUGAAAUGUCUCAGACUAUGGAGGAGGAGAAAAAGGCCAAACUUGAGCAGCUUUAUGAUCAAAUCGUGUCUUUCCAAGAGAAUAGUGACUCUGCCAAAGAGACAAUGGAGAUGGCAACCAAAGAGAUGGAAGAGACGAAUGAGUUAGCAUUUUUGUCAUCAUACAAAGACAUUGAUAUGAGGUUGAAAACAGCUUUAGACUUGGUCAUGUCUCUGGAGCUUGGCCCACAAGGUUUGCUUGUAUUUGAAGAUUAUGCCAAAGGCACCACAGGAAAUGAGAAGAAAAAUCGUCAAGUGAUUCCAGUGCCACAGCAACCCCAUCUUCAGCCACAGGAGGCUAAUUCUGCCACCAGCACCUCCGUCACCGUGUACUGGACAGUGAAUGAAGGAGACAUCAUCGACUGUUUCCAGGUCUACUGCAUGGAAGAACCUCAAGGAGCCAUCUCAGAGGAGUACAGAGUGACAGUGAAGGAGAGUCACUGUAAUCUCGAGGAGCUGGAGCCAGAUAAGUGCUAUAAGGUGUGGGUGAUGGCAGUGAACUACACCGGAUGCAGCAUGCCCAGUGAGAGACUUCCUUUCAGAACAGCCCCAUCUGUUCCAGUGAUUAACCCAGAAGGCUGCACGGUGUUGUGGGACUCUGCUACAAUCCGCUGGAGCUCGUCUCAGCCCAGUGCUGCGGAGAGCUUCACUCUAGAGUACUGCCGCCAGUACGCCCUGGAGGGAGAGGGCCUCAGGUCUGUGUCUGGGAUAAAAGGCUGUGAGCACAAGGUCCUCCUGCAGCCCAAUGAAAACUUUCUCUUUUACAUCAAAUCAGUGAACAGUGCAGGAGCCAGUGACCAGAGCGAGGCAGCUCUCGUCUCCACACGAGGUACCAGGUUCCACUUACUGAGUGAAACAGCUAAUAUGGCGCUGAAGGUUUCUGAGGACCAGAACUCUGUGCAGUAUCCUGUGGAAACCUACAAUAAGAUGUUCACACUUAUCGAAUGUCCAGCAGUGAGGGGUGAACUUCUGCCACGAGUUGGAUAUCAUUACUGGGAAACAGUGGUGGCUGGCUGUAAAGCCUACCGCAUUGGUGUGGCCUAUCAGACAGAACCACAAGACAGCACAGUGGGUGAGAGCAGCGCCUCCUGGUGUCUGCACUGUGUACCCACAUCCAUCAGCUGUCGGUUCGAGCUGCUCCAUGACAGCGUGGAAUCAGACAUCUUCGUGACGGACGUUCCUGCUCGUAUCGGCACUCUACUGGACUUCACACAGGGACGCUUGGUCUUCUUCAAUGCUCAGAACGGCCAGUGUCUGGGCUCCUUCCAGCAAGCCUUCAGCCAGCCCUGUUACCCCGUAUUCACCCUGGAGAGACCUGGUAACCUGGAGCUGAAGAUGACCACAGAGGUCCCAGAGUUUGCCAAGCACUGGUAGCUCAGAUAAAGAUGGAUUUCUGGAGAAUCCUUCUGUAGCGUCUUGGCUUUGGGAUCUGCAAUCUGUUGGACUGCGCGUGUGUAUGUGUGCCAUAUUUUUUAGGUUCUUGGAAAGAAAUUUUGAGCUUGAGUUAGUCUAAGGCUUCUCUCUUUGUACAUGAUAUACAGUAUUUUUUUCAAGGAGUAAUCCACUAUUUUUCCACCUAAUCUCUACCUAGCGUAUAUAAUCCUGAUGAUUCCCUGUACUGGGAAAAGAACACAAAACUGAUUGCCUAGAACUAACAAUUUUUCGUGUUCAAGUUUUUAUUUUACUGACAAAAAAGGAAACUCACUUAUAACAGAAGCCUUAGGGCACUCGCUAAAGUGCAUCAAUAAUCUCCAAAUUUACAACAACGCAAAUACUAAACAUGUCAGAGUGUCAUACCAAAGCUGCUGUUAUGGAAUUUUGUCCAAGAUUUGAGCACGAGACAGUGUUUCCCCCAGGUUUAUUGGUUCAGGGGGUUGUUGUUGCUGGAUUCGGACAGUACCUGCAGGACCCCUCCCCGCGGCUCCUAUUACAGAGCGUUUGGACCUGAACAAACAGUUAAAGAAGUCACAUUUAAGUCAUUACAUUUAUUCA